CACGCGUCACUCGCGCCCGCCACACGCCGCGACACGCGCACGCGAUACCACGGUGCAUGUGCUUUAGUGACGGCUUCUCAGUGCUUUGAAGUGGAGCCACGGGCUACCGGCGCCGCUGGGCCCGUCAUAGGCCCGGGCGGCGGGAUGGAGUCCCCGCAGAUGUACGACGCGGCCGCAGCGCCACCGCCUCCUCCGCAGCCAGACCUCAAGAAGACGGUAGAAGACAAGCGACAGACCUUCCCUCCGCCAGACUUAGACGAGCUCAAUGGACAGGAAAUCAGUUUGGACUUACAGCACCUCAUCGAGGACCAGUUCCGAAGUGAGGAGAGCAUGGCCCUCUUCCAGGAGAUACUUCCUGGCGGCAAGUCGCCGCAGCCGCGGUACAACCGCACGACGCUGGCGUACAUGCCGCAGCCGGUGCACUCGGGCGCGUCCUACGCCCCCGUGCAGCCCAGCCAGGGCCACGACCAGGCGCCCCCCAUCAAGGAGGAGCCGCCCGAGCCCCACGACUACAGGCGAUCCGUGACCUGUGCGCAGUACACCGGCCAGUACAACCCUCAGCCGACCGUCGGCGUCAGUGGACCCUACGGCGGGGGAUUCACGCCGCUACCUCCUCUGGGAGCUCCUCUCCUCCCGCCGCUACUCAAACACAAGCCUGCUCCAGUGAGGCGCUCAUCUGGGAAAGUGCUGGACAAAGGUACAGACGAGUACAGAAGGCGACGCGAGCGAAAUAACAUAGCGGUGAGGAAGUCGCGUGAGAAAGCAAAAGUGCGCUCCCGAGAGGUGGAGGAGAAGGUGAAGACGCUCCUGAGAGAGAAGGAGGUGUUGCUGAAGAGGCUGGAGGCGGUGUCAGGCGAGCUGAGCCUGCACAAGCAGAUGUACGUGCAUCUGAUCAACCUGAACCACCCGGAGAUCACGGAGCUGUGCCGCUCCAUGCUGCAGCUGGGCGCGCCGCAAGCGCCUGAUCACUCACUUUGACCAUUAUAGAUGGUGUAAAAAUCGGCAAACCGGCCCGUGUGAUACUGUGCAUUAACUAAACUUAACAAAAAUGUGACGCCUCUAUUUACUAAGUUUAGUUAGCAGAAUUACUAUGUGAUUUUUACAGUUUACUUUUUUAUAAAUAUACACGGAUAGUUUAGAUUUUAAGCUAAAUAACGUAAGAUUAGAAGAAUACGUAACAAAACAUAGAUGCAUACGAUUGUACUAGAUACAGUCGACUCGUGGCGUAACGCGUACACCUAAAUAUUUAAUUAACUUACGGUUUUAACUUUAUUUUUGUGGAAAGUUUUCAAAUAAAUACGAGUUUUGUAUCGCGGUGACUUUUGCCGCUGGAGAUUUUUUGACAACAGUACCGCCGGUAGGGUUGUCAGUGGAACUUGUUUACGUGUAUAAUUUAAAAUGUUUUAUUAUUUAUUGAAGUAUAGUAUAUCUAUGUGCUUACGUGUUGUUAUAGUCUUACGUGCAAUACCUAUCAUCUGACGUUAGUGGCGCGUCCCGGCCGCCAAGAAGUGAUCUCAAACGUAGGCAGGGGCGCUCAGCGAACACGAUCACUGCCAUUGUUGUCUCGAAAAUGUACUCUAAAAUCAUUACAGUAAAGUCUAAGUUUACUUAAAGGCUGCAUCAUAGUUUUCGUUUGUUCAUUGUCAUGAUAUUCCAUCACUUUUCAUCGACUUCUGUUAACAUGACACCCCAUUAAUGAAGAUGUCGUUUCCAAAAAAUGUUCAUGAAAUGUGAAGGAUGUUAAAAAAUCCUGUUGAUUUCACGCAUGAAUAUUAACUUGUUAACUGUGGUUAUUCCUUAUCCUACACAUUUGGUGCCCUGGAGGUGAACGACAUCUGAAGACAUUCAUUAAACUCAUACAAAUACGACUGAUCAGAUUGUAUACCUUGAAGACAAUAAUUAUUUGAUGUUUUUCUUACGUUUCGUUAACAAUUAUGAUAGUUUACUGUAAUAUAUAGAAUAGUAUAGAGUUUUAAUGUAAAUUGGUUGUAUAUAAUUUUGAAUGAGUAAUCAAAUAUAUAGUUAUACAUAAUUGUAAUUGUUUUCCAUAACUCCUUGAGCGCGUGCUCGGGACAGGCGAGUACUGCGCUGUGCUAGCUGAGUACUGGUUACUGUUGGUUCGUAUUCGCCUGUUCUGACGCUAAAUUUUAUUGAUUGUUGAGAAAAACAACUAUUUUUCUUAUUAAAAUAUUUAAUGUGUACAUAAUGUGUAGUAGGCGUAGCGCUAAGCGUUUAGGUUUAAUGUUUCUUUGGGUUAAUAUUAUUUGUUGAGUCUAAAAUUUUUAUUCCUAUUAAAGUACCUUUAACUUCUUUUUUGUUAGAUAUGUUUCUUGUCUACUUACUUUAAGUUUAAGUGAUGUUUAAAUGAUAAAAUCAUGAUCUACGACGGCGUCGCCUGGAGGCAAGUACAAGGAGUUAUUUAUGUUAACAUACUUAUUGAUGUAAAUGUUGCGCUACUUAAUAUUGUUUAACGGUAGCUACAAGCACGGGUUACAGGCUGCUGCUCACAGUAUACUAAUUAUACGACAAACGCAAACAACAACACUGAGUGCCAACCCUCACGCAGCGAACUAAGUAAACGGAUAUUUUGUAAUGUGAUUUUAGCUGAGGUCGGGGAUGGCAGUCAUUGUCAAACGGGUCUCGAAACAGAUAGUUACCAGAUUGAAUCCUACAUGUAAUAAUGAAUAUAAGAGAAAUGGCAUCUACACACGUCAAGUUUGUACAUUUCAUAUUUUAUUAAACCGUAUUUUAAUAUAAUCGCUAUUUCUAUACACAUGCGUAUUUUUUUAAACUAACUUUUCAUAAAAUUUUGCAAAACCAACCUAUUUAUUAUAACAAUUUUGAAUAAUAUAUUUAUUUUUCACAAUUAUUUUUACAAAAUGUAUAUUUAUAUGUUGUAGGUAAGAAUGUUGUGUGUAGACGUCAUGAUACACUAUAGUCCGUCCCGUUUUUACCUGCUUUUAUUUAAAAUAAAUGUAAAAUAAGCCUAUGCACGAAAUAUCUUUCAAAUACUUGUGUAAAUUAAGAAACUAUAUGUACUAGACAUUGGCUUCAGUUCGUAAGUACGACAGCUCGCAGUGGGCGCGCGGAGGGCCGCUAGUUUCACUUGUUUUCUUAUGCUUGAUGUUAAAAAAAAUGUUGUUUUUAUUUUUAAAGUUUUUUUCUACGUCUCGUCCAGAUGGUGCUACAUGAUCAAAUCUUUCUAUACUUCUAGAGCCAAAGACUAUUGUUUUUCCUUAAUAUUUUGUUAUUGUGCCCGACAAUGUUAUAUGUCGAUAGAAAUGUAAAUAUGAUAUCAAUGCAAGCAAUUAUUGCACAAACAGAAGUACAGAGUUGAAUAUAUUUUACAAGUUAUAUUUCUAUCAACAAAUAACGAAUAUUUUUUAUAUAAUUUUGGAAUGAUUUUCGAAUAUGUAUAUGAUUUGGAUCCUACUGUACAUGUCGCUUUAAAGUCCUAUUUGGAAGGAAUGAGGCCUUGGUAUAUUUCUCUGACAAUAAUGCUAGUGGUUAUAAAACCACGUAACUUCGAUGUUAUAGGUGCAAUUAAAUUUAAUAUAUACCUAUUUAAUAGAAAAA